UAUGGUUUUGAGGUUAAAAACUCAAACCAAUUUUUAACAAUUUCGUGAAUUUUGGAAUAAUUUCGCGUGAUUUCAGAGCAAAUUAGAGUUAUUUGCAACUCCUGCUGAGAUGAGGCUGAAUCAACGGAAAAGGAUUAUACCUUUUGCUCUUCAGUUUUCCUAACAGGAUCCUUUUACAAGCUCCAGGAACCAAAGCAAAAUCAACCCCAGGGGGUAUAGAAAUCUGUAACAGCGAGCUAGGGUGUCUCGCAACCGCUACGAAAACGGGAAAAGAAAAAGAUCGUCCCAGGAUUGUGAACAUUGAGUAGUAAGUAAGAGAAAGGAUUCGACAAAAUAGUCCUGGAAUAGCUGCAGCAUGACGACGCUGGUUCGCGAAAAGCAAGACUCGGAAUCGUGCGAGUGGACAGCCGAGGAAGAGGUUCAGCUGUUCCUGGCGAUGGAUGGUGUUAAACCGGUCGGCGUUAAUCGGCACUUCUACAUGGCGUGCAUUACCGAGCGGCUGGGCAAGGCUCUGCAGCGGGAGGUGGCCAGCGAAGCGAUAUGGAACCAUCUGCGAUCGAUGUACAACUUGAAAGCGCUGGACGAGCAGGAGUUCGUGCCGUUCCUGAACGAGGAGUGUGAUUUUGAUCUGCCGGAAGCAGAGUUUAGUGCAGCUAUCGGACGCCGGAAGCAAGAGGACACAGAGCGGCUAACCGUGUCGUCAGUGGCCAGCGAACCGGAGACGAAGAAGACUGAAUCCAAAUCGGAUACUGCCAUGGUGAAGGUGGCCGCUUCAAAACCUACCGUACAAUCAAAAGAUGGUAAGGAGCACGAGCGCGAGGAAAAGGAGGGCAAAGAGCGUGAGCCGGGAAGUUCUGGGAAGUUCAAAGCGAAAGUCUUUGCCGAUAGCAAUGGUAGCGAUGGAGGGCCGAAACGGUCACAGAAACGAACCAGAGGCUCAUUGACAAACGAACCUACUUCUAACACGAGCAGUCCGGCCAGCACUCCGCCGAAUGGUCCAGGCACCAAAAGGCGACGAAUCUAAUUGCGCAAGUAUUCUUCGAAUGCUAGACUGCAGUGAGGCGGAGGAGUUGCGCCAAACAUAAGUUAUAAGACAUAAAUGCUCUGUAAAUAUUGCAUCCUAUCUUAAAUAGACCAUAUAAUUCUUAAA